UAACGUCACGGAGCUGCGUGAGCUAGAUGCAUAACAAUAACAAGGCCAGCGAGAGAGGCAGCUGGAGCUGCGGUGCGCAGGGCAGAGCGGAACCCACAGAGGCUACUGAGCGAAUACAAGGGUGAAACACCACCAUGUCCCAGGAUGAACAUUUGCAGGCAGGUUCCUGGGUAGAGCUGCACUUCAGUAACAAUGGAAACCUUGCAACGACGCAGCUGCUGGGCCAGGACCAAGGGCCGGCCUCCCUAUCUAUUCACAACGGCGACAUGGAAAAGAUUCUACUGGACGCCCAACAUGAGUCUGGCCGCAGCAGCUCCAGGGAAAGUUCACACUGUGACAGCCCACCUCGCUCUCAGACCCCGAGUAUCCAGAGAUGCAGUGAAAGCGAUACUGUGGGGAGCAAGGAAAAGAGCAGCUCACAGUCAGAAGAAGAUUACAUCGAGCGGAGGAAAGAGUUGGAAAACCUGCUGAAGAAAAAUUCCGACUGGAUAUGGGACUGGUCUAGCCGGCCUGAAAACAUCCCACCAAAAGAGUUCCUUUUCAAGCACCCAAAGCGCAGUGCCGCUCUCAGUAUGAGGAACACCAGUGUCAUGAAGAAAGGGGGGAUCUUCUCCGCUGAAUUUUUAAAAGUUUUCCUCCCGUCACUGCUGCUUUCUCACUUGCUCGCCAUUGGACUGGGUGUUUACAUCGGCAGACGCUUGACCACCUCCACCGGCACCUUUUAAAGGAGAAACUCGCAUGAGAUAACGUUGAACACCCAAGGGCGCGACUCUUGCACUCAAUAUACGUUUUAGCCUUUUUUUUUGUUUUGCUCUGUAAAUGAAUGUUGCUUGUUAUGCCUAACAUAUCAGCAGAAAAGGGGCCGAUGGUCCCUGAAACUGAGGUGACAUUUUCGUUCCGAAUCAACGGGCAUGUUUUAACGUAAAUAUUAAUCUACUGUGAACCGUAAUGGCUUCUUGCAAUCGUGCGAGGUUCCAUAAAAUACAGACGUGUCAUAUUCUUGUGCCUACUCCACCUGGAAAGGAAUGUCCUUUUAAAGCCCCCCAUAUGCACCAACCCUUUUAUUGUCUCCGCACAGGAGAAUUCAGGUUUAAGGAAAUGAGAUUAUAUAGAAGCCAAUGUAGGUUAGUCCUAUGUGGUUCCAAAAUAGUAUCUCCGUUUUAGUGGGAUGUUGGUCAUUGGUGCUCCUUUAAUCAAUUAGGCGUAGUAUCAGGUUGCUGGGAAUAAAGCUCCCCAUAGACGCUAAGAUUUCGCUUGGCGUACGUCUGAUUUUAGCGAAGUCCGACCAAUCCUUCGAAAUUAUCGUGCAGUUAGUGGGAUUGAAACGUUGAAACGAUCAAACAUCUUACGAUUUUUUGCCCGACAUCUGUCAGGAAAUUGAUUGGCCAGGUUAAAAACUCUUUGUCGGCCCCAGUGCAAUCUAUCUAUGUUUGUAGGGCCAAGCAGACAGCUCCCCUUUGUUUUCCUGGCAAAUUGGUCUUUUUAGUUGAUGGACAAUUCGUACGAUCGUUCCGAGAUAAUUGUGGUCUCACGAUGAGGAUCGGAUCUUUUAAAAAUCUCAACAUCGAUGGCCAGCUUUACUGUGUUGUGGUAUGAGGUUGCUGGGAAUAACUGUGCGUCUCUUCCCACUAACUUAAAUGGGUAGCUCUUGACUGCAGGAUGAAAGAUAUCACCUGUUGGAGCCUCUGGGAAGUGCGUUAUUCUGAUGCCCAACAUUUUGUCUUUGCUCCUUUUUCUUGGUAGCUGUGAUGGAACCUUCCAAUAGCCCAUACUUAUUGGGAUAACAUAGCCAAAGAACAGAAAAUCUAAAGGCCUGAACAUCCAAAUUGAUAUGCUGAAUGGAGUUAGAGGGAGCACACCCAAAUUAACACGCAUCGUGCACAUCUACAGGAGGCUACCCAUUAAUGUCUUCAAAGACAACAAUCUCAAUAAAGAAAGGAGGUUUGCACCCUCUAUCCAAAAUAGAAACAUUUUUCAAAACAUCAGUGAGUGUUUCGCCCACUAGGUGGUCUUUAUCAGGGGUAAAAAUGUACAGCAACAAUAUAUUUAUAACAAAAAGACUAUUUUUGCUUUUCGUUGUUUAUUUUUUUCCCUGUUGAAGGCCACCUAGUGGUCGAAAGAAUAGGUGCAUAUUGUAGUAUGAUAUUUUUCACAUAAACACACGUUUUACUAUUUUGGAUAGAGUGUGAAGUCCCAAUUGAUAUCUCUGUACAGUGGAUAUCGGUUGGUUUGUUGAUGGUGUACCGACAGAUGACAUUUUCAGACCUAGCCCAAGUUGGCCAAUGUAUGGUCCAUUGGUGGAUGGGGAAAUGAAGAGGAAUUUGCAUUUCCUCUUCACUUACUGAUGUUCCGAUUGUUUGGGCUGUUGGUCCACGGCAACAUAACUAAAGGAAUACGACCAUACCACGUCAAUGGCUCCUCCCGCAGUAGCCUUCUGUUUGGUCCAUGGGCCGAUCAGCUGGGUAUUGUACAGGACUGGCCAAUUUAUGGCCAACUUUAGAUACUAUGCAUAGUAAGAAAGAGUCAAAGGAGUGGGACAACUUAAACUUGGAACAGAAUCCCUCUUCAUAUACUUGGGCCCCCAAAGCUAAAUGUCUAUAUGUGGAGAAGACAUUACUCGGGGGCAGAAGUGGGGCAGGGAAAGGUGAAUGGUGUAUUCAGUACGCCACAUGUCCUUGUAAGUGACCCAGACUGUGAAUUCGUCUAGAAAACGAGACAUCUAGGCAAAUAGAAACACCUACAUAUCUGGCCGAUUUGUAGCAAUGGGUGAAGGGAUAUUUGCCCUUUAAUAACUAUUGGCAGUGAAGGUGACUGUAAUCUAUAACAAAAUAGAAUUUUAAUUUAUAUAUAUAUAUAUUUUAACAGAGUUUUAAAUGUACCAAAAUAUCUAUUAUUUUAACCCCAGUUCCUAGAAGUAAAGCUUCUUUAAUGUGUUUAAAAAUGUCCCAGCACCUUAAGAGGGGAAUGUUCUAUAGGGUGAGCUGUAAUAGAUCGAAAACUUAAUAGGGUGAGCUGUAAUGGAUCGACAACUCAAUAGGGCGAGCUGUAAUGGAUCGACAAUUCAAUAGGGCGAGUUAUAAUGGAUGGAUAACUUAAUAGGGCGAGCUAUAAUGGAUCUACAAACCAAUAGGUUGAGCUUAUAGCUGUAUUAAACAUACAACUCCCAGCAUCCCUUAUCAGGGGAUCGGACAUCCCUGUUUGAAGAUAAAAUGCUCUGUAGGAAACUAAAUGUGAAGUUAUUUUUUAAGAAAACCUUCUUUAGCCAGUGAUCGGUGUAAAUACACGGAGAUUCAUUACUGAUUAGGUUAAUUUUUAAGCCAAAGUUGAUUUUUUUAAAGGGAACAUAAAUAUCUACAUAACUUAGUGUAAAAUUGGUCAGAGUGCCUAAGUCGCACUUAUGCAAUGUACAUUUUUUUUUUUUUACAGCAUUCGCACACUAAGUAUAUUACUAAUAUCAUGACUGUGUAACGGGAGCGCCCCCUGCUGUUUUGAAUGGAUGCAAAAGGCUGAAAUUACAGAUCCAGGAAGCGUCUCCUGACGUUUUUCUGCUGCAGAACUGCCUAAGUAACUGUCGGGUCAGCACAUAACAGCAGGGGGCGCCCCCCGCACUCUCGACAUGAUGAAAACAAUAACAAAUAAUAUAAAUGACAAAAAUUCUCAGAAGAGCAAUGUGACAUGAAGUUGCAUGAGUUUAGGUAUAUGUCCCCCUUGAGCAUCCUUACUUCUACCCCUUGUACUUAGGGAUUUAUUCACUGUAAUAUGUUUGUACUGUUUCCCCUUUGUUAGGAUGCCGAUUUAUAAUAAGGCGGGUUCCUCUCAUCUGCUUUAUGGCCAUUGUUGGUGCCAUAAGUCACUCCUUUGAGUAUUGUCGUCAGCCUGCCCUUCCCUCAUCCAAACUUUGUAUAUUUCAUAGCCACACAAUGAAUGUUAAUGCAAGUGAUUCUGUGAAAAAAUAAAUAAAUAAAGGUUUGUGUUUUAAAAAUGA